CACGGGAAAGGUAGAUCAUUUGGUGACGAUGAUAGAACAGGGAGAUUGCAUAUCCCAUCAACAAUUGUUUAAGAUAUUCGACCUUCAGUAUGAGAAGAUUACGCACAUUCUCACCGAUUUACCUACAAACUACUGAGAGAUGUCUUUCACGAAAACCAGCGACUACUACCAAGAACUCUUCACCCACUUAUGUCAGAAUGUUGAAACUGAUAGUGAGAAUAACGAUCGCGGUUUUCGGCGAUGUAUCUAGGCAGAAAUCAACGAUUUGAGGGAAAACCCAGGAGAGGACCCAAGAUUCUUGGGGCACUUAACCUGGAUUUGGAUCUCACAAUAUCCUAAUCGCCUGAUUGCCGUAUUUAAGGAUUUCGAGCAUCUCGAGAAAUCAGGGAAUAUUUGUGGCACAUCAAUAGCGCAAAUGAAUGAUGCCAUACUGGAUUACUACACUACAGUCAUCUUACCGACAACAGGGAGAAAUCUUCCACCAACUGCCGUUGAGGUCACAAGAAACAAAUUCGUCAUUCCUGGACCACCCCCGUCAACUGUUUCAAAGCGAAUGGGACCACCUACCCCAGGAGGUAUGUCUUCAGCGGGAGAGAUGUCUGCAGUCGAAUCCGCGAAAGAAUUCAACACCGGUUUUAUGGAACACCUGAAACGAAGAAGAGGAACCCCAAUGAUCGGAGCGACUAUGGAUUUCAGGUACCAAGAAUGUACUGCACGAAAUAAUAAAAGUAUAAGUGUAAUUUUGGCGACCAAGUAUCAAUAGAAAAUUAUUGAGAACUCGGCCUCACAGUUGAUAAGAUACCUUAAAAGCCUUCAAGAAACAGAUGACGAAAUCGAAAUAAAGUUUUGGGAAGGUCAGUUCCGCAAGUAUAGUUCCAAAAGCAUCUUAAAGAAUGGAGAUAUCCGUCUUUGCCAGUUUGUGAAAUACUGGAACAAGGGUGAAAGUAAAGAACUAUCCUCGGGCACGCUUGAAAGGAAGAGAUACCAGAAACAAACCCGGAGUCAUGAAAGGUCAUGAAAGGAGAAAAUAUUCUCACGUUACCACCCGUCGCAGUAACGAAAGUGAUGAGCUGUCGUCUGAGUCAGAAGUCUCACAAGGUUUACUCAAAAAGCAACUCACGGGCUUACCCAAGAAGAAUGAUUGGAGCAACAAUACCCACACUGAAGCAACAGCCCGGGACUACCUGAACAAUUCCCACAUUUUUGUUAAACCCAAAGGAAAGGAUAUUAAGGGAAACAGUCAUAAUAUAUGCUAUGAGUUACCCCUAACUAAAUGGCCGUAUAUCCCAAAGGACAACAAAGGUCAUUCAUAUGUACCAGAGGGCCUUGAGCAGCCUAGACCUGGCAGUCAGUUGGAGAUCUUUAUAUACAAUUGUUUAUCUAACAUUUUUGAUAAAGUGGAGUAUGAUCGCAAAGAAAAAUAUGUGAAAGCUUUACGGACAAAAGUCCUAAAGAAGAGCAUGAGAUCCAUAGAACGACGAGAGAACAAGGAGUGUCAAGAUCCUAUAACAGUCAACGAAAUUAUUGCUAGUCAGGAUAUCGACCCCAUACAGACAUUAUGCAACGAUAUACCUAUAAAGGUUAGAGCCAAGGCUAUUACCCUGAUGCAGUACAGUGUAAUAGCCUCUACUUAUCUUGACUUUUUUUAUUUUGGAUGGAAUGCUCCAUCACAAAUAGAUGUCGACGAACAACCAGUUAACAUGGCAGUGAGGGUUAUAAAGAUGGGAUACCGAAAGUUUAGCAUCCCAGGAUUUGAAGAUUAUAGUCACUCAUCCACCGUCGGCCCCGUCGCCAGCACAUCCACCGCCCCUACCGCCACCAUCUAUUUAAUCACCAUGGUGAAUCCGAGGCCAGUUCCACCGCCAAUAUCACUGACCCCACCAGCUCUGCCACCGCCGCCGCCGCCACCACUACCACCAUUACCACCACCAUCAACACCGACCAAGCUGUCUCAACCUCCACUUCCAUCGUCGACCAACUUGCCGCCACCGCCGCCGACGCCGCCGCCACCACCACCGCCGCCGCCGCCGCCGCCGCCACUGAUCUGAUGCUCUUCUUUAGGACUUUUGUCCGUAAAGCUUUCAUAUAUUUUUCUUUGCGAUCAUACUCCGCUUUAUCAGAAAUGUUAGAUAAGCAAUUGUAUAUAAAAAUCUCCAACGCAGUGGCAAACUGCCUGCCGCGUCUAGGUUGCUCAAGGCCCCCUGGUACAUAUGAAUGGCCUUUCUUGUCCUUUGGGAUAUAUGGCCAUCUAGUUAGGGGAAGCUCACGUAGUCCCGGGCUGUCGCUUCGGAGUGGGAAUUGUCGCUGCGAUCCUUUUUCUUUGGCAGGCCCGUGAGUUGCUUUUUGAGUGAAUCUUGUGAGUCUUCUGACUCAGAUGACAGCUCAUCAAUUUCAUUGCUGCUGCGAUGGUUGGUAAUGUGAGCAUAUUUCCUCCUCUUGGUUGGCCUUUCCAGACAUUUGCUCUGUUUCUGGUGCCUCUUCCUUUCAACUGUGCCCGAGGAUAGUUCUUUUUCCAAUAUUCCACAAACUUUUCAAGACUGACAUUUCCCUUCUUUAGGAAUUGACUAUCCCAAUGCUUCAUUCCGGGUUCGUCAUCUGUUUCUUGGAGGGUCUUAAGGUAUGUCAUCAGCUGCGAGGCCGAGUUCUCAACAAUAUUCUUGUGAUAUAUGGUCGCCAUAAUUACACUUUCACUUUUAGUAUGUCGUGCACCACAUUCCUGAUACUUGAAAUUCAUCGUCGCUCCGACCAUUAAGGUUACUCUUCUUCGCUUAAGGUGUUUCAUAAAACCAGUAUUGAAUUCGUUUGCGGAUUCGACCGCCGAUAUCUCUCUCGCCGAAGACAGACCUCCUGGGGUAGGUGGUCCCAUGCGCCUUGAAACAGAUGACGGGGGUGGUCCAGGAACGACGAAUUUGUUUCUCGUCACCUCGACGCCAGUUGCUGGAAGAUUACUCUCUGUAGGUAAUAUGAUGGUAGUGUAGUAAUCUAGUACGGCAUCAUUCAUUUGCAUUAAUGAUGUGCCAUUAAUAUUCCCUGAUCUUUCGAGAUGCUCGAAUUCCUUGAAUGCAGCAAUCAGGCGAUUAGGGUAUUGAGAGAUCCAGAUCCGGGUUAAGUGGCCCAGGGGUCUUGUAUCCUCUCCUGGGUUUUGCUUCAAGUAAUUGAUCUCCGCCUCGAUACAUCGCUGAAAUUCGCCAUCGUUGCUCUC